GGACGGCUUCACUACCGGCCAUCAUUGCCCGUCGCGACUUGUUUACAGUGUAGGCGUGGGAAAGGCGGUGAUGUUUACCCUAUUUCACCCUUAUUAGUAACUUCCCCUUGGUCCAAAUAGUGUCCAGGAGAGCCAGUGCCCCUCGCAGAGAUGGCAGAGCUUGAAGAAGAGCUGAUUGGUGAGGAUCUUGACUAUGAGUAUGACUUGGAUGAGGAAGAGGAAGAGGCACUGCUGGCAGGAGAAGAUCCUUCACAUGAGGGAGCUGUUGAUGACAUAAUUGAGUUAAGAGUGGAAGAUGAGUUUGAUGAGGAUGAUGGUGGUCAGAUGGGCCAUACCAAGAGUGUCCACAGUAGACUACAGCCUGCCGAGUCAGUGUUUGAAGAGGACCUGGAACAUCAGUAUGAGGAUUCAUCAAUGAGUAAUGUUCGAGUGGAAACCCAGAAUAUCGUUGAGGAAGAAGAGGAGGAGGAAGAAGAAGAGGAAGAGGAUGAUGAAGAGGGGAGAAGCCGUGACAGAUUCAAGAGUGAGCGGUCCAAGAUCUCCCUCACCAACACCACAGUGGAACGCAUCAUCCCAGAGUCCCUUGAUGAAGUUCAAGUGAAGAAGCAUGAUUUGGUGGACAACAGAAGAGGCCACGGUGGACGGGGAGGGUAUGGGCGGGACCGUGGCCGAGGGUGGGGUGGUGGUGGUGGCGGAAACUGGGGUCGUGGAAUGAACAGAGGGUGUAAUGGGCCCCCACCAAGAGGAGGAAUGCUACCCCAGCCUCACCUGUCCCGUUUCCAGCCUCCCAGACCUAUGCAGAUUCCAACAUGGGAGCCACUCAUGUAUGCUGCACAGAUGCAGAUGUCCAAGGCGGGGAUGCCCAUGAACCGCAACGGCCCCCCAGGGAUGGGUCGGCCUCCUCCUCUCCCCAUGGUGUCCCUGGCCAACUCCCUCAUCCAGCGGCCUCCACCACUCAUGAGCCACAAUCCAGGCUUCCCUAGACUGCAGAUCAGGAAUAGUUCUCAGUGGAGUACAGGUGUGCUUCCCUUGGGGGCUGGAGCAAUACUGAACCAGUUUGUGCAGCAGUCCCAGCCCAUGCCCAGGGAUGACUUGCGCAACUCCCUCAAAAGACACAAUGAGCCACCCAAUAUUCCACCAAAGCAGAUGAGAGUUGGUCAGCCACCUCCUCCCAUGAACAACCAACAGGCCAUGGCAAGGAAGAAGCUCAACAAUGCCAUGAAUCGUCAGCGUGGUGGCCCCGUCAAGAAGACUCCCAUCAGCUCCAGGCUGUCAAUGCCGCCUGCCAACACCAACCCCAACCUCACUACCAUCAAGACUGUGGACAUUGGACAGAUGAACAAGCAGGGACAGGACAGCAGACCUCAACAAAACCAAGGAAACAACCAGUCACAGAAUCAGCAAGGUAAUCAGUUUAACAGGGGUAACCAGCAGCAGCAGAAACAGCAACAGAAGCAGCAACAACCAUCUCAAAAUCAACAGCAAGAACAGAAACAGAAAGAACUGGAACAAAAAGAGCAAGAUAACAGACAGCAAGGGAUGCUAAUAAAAGAUUCACCUAAGUCAGCAGACAAAAAUGCACCUGAGGAAAUGGUCAUUGAUGAUCCCGAGUAUCAUAAAAAACUGUUACGUCAGAAGCAGCUAAGGGAACAGCUGUUAGCCAAGAAGGAAGCUCGUCGAAAGGCUGCUGCUGUUAUAAAGGCAAGUGAAAUUGCAACAAGGAAGGCACGACAGGAGAUGGAAAACAAGAAAUCUGAUGGCCCAAAACCUGGAGACCAGCAGGUGCCACCGGCUCACCUGCCUCCCCAACAGGAACAGCAGCAGGCCAAGCAGCACCAGCCACCACCUGGGAGAGGACCAAAAGGGCCAGGAGGACCAGGAGGACCAGGCCUGGACCACCCUCACCAUCCAGCUGGCAACUCUGGCUUGUCACAGAGCCCCACACGGCAGCCAUUCAACAGGCAGCGAGGUGGUGCAAACUCCAAUCGAGGAAGAGGCGGUAUGCACCACAACCAGCCACGUUUCCCCCGUGACUCAGGACAUCCAGACCAUCCUCACAACCACCACGAGCACCGGCGACCUCCUCGUGAAGAGCCAGGCUUCCCGCUGAGAUCACCUGCACCACUCUUUACUGAGCCUCCACCCCCAAGAGGCACUGAUCCAGGAUUCCUGCAGGACAGGCCCAGGCAACUCUUUGGACCACAGCACCAGCCUGGUGGACGCCAGUCCCAUCAUGGCCCACCCCAAGAUGAGCCUCCACACCAGCAGAGGCCUCCACCUCACCUCCUGCCCCCAACACACCACCCACCUCCUCCAUUGCCACAUCCAAAUCACCCACCUCCCCACACACAUCACCCACCACCACACCAUCCUCAGUCAUCUCCAACUUCAUCACACCAUCCCCACAAUCAGCCACCUCCACAUCACCAUCACCGCAUUGAAACUGUCCAUCAUCAGCCUCCUCCAAUUCCUCCACCUCAUCACCAUCACUCUGACCUCUCACAGCCACCACCCCUGCCUCACCACGGCCUCCCACCAAACACCUCCCGCCCUCCUCAGGACCCACACACAUCUCCCCAACCAGACUUUCCACCUCACAGAGACCACCACCCUCACCACCACCAGAACCAGUACCCACCCCAGCCAGACGCGUUUCCCCCACGAGUGCCCCCGCCAGCCCUGCCCCACGGUAAGGAGAGCCGCCACCAUGACUAUGGGUCCGAGGGGCGGUAUGGAGAACCCCCUCCGUGGGAAAGCCGCCAGCAGGGCUACAAGGAUUAUGAAGACAAUUACAGGGAACCGUACGAAGAUGAUUAUUACCGUAAGGAUCACCAUUAUGACAGCCAUGGGUACCAAGACCACUACAGACAGAGCGAUGACGCAUAUGAAGACCCUGACCAGCGUUACAGGGAGGACUACCAGAAGCAUCGCCAGCAGCAUCAACAAAACCAGCAGCACCAACAUCAGCACCAGCACCACCAGCAGCAGGAGUACCCAGAGGACCACUACCACCAUGAGGAGUACAAUAACAGCAAUUACAGGGAGAAGUACCAGGAGACCCCAGAGUACGAGCAGCCAAAGAGACCUAGAGAUGUUAAGAGUCGCCUUGGUGGUCGCCUGGAUGUACCUCAAAAUCCACACAACCUCCAGGUCAAGGUGGUGCAGACUUCAGGGCAAGAUCAGGAGGCUCCACAACUUCAACAGGAGGGCCAAAAGAUUCAAACAGUGCAGCGCCAGAAGACAGCAGUGUCUCGUAAAUUUCGCAGAAUCACUCGCAGGAGUCCACAUGGAGAGAUUGUAUCUAUUACUAGGAUUCCAGUUGAUGAAGAUGGGAACCAGAUUGGACCACAGAUUACUGAAUAUGAAGCAAGUGAGGCAGGUGCAGAUAAACCUGACAGUACAGGAUCAGUAGCACAGUUUCCACAGUCGCGUCCUGUUGUUAAAAAUUUGCGGCAAAUUGUGAGGAAAGUGCCUGUAACUCGUCAGCAACAGCAGCAACAGCAACAGCAGCAGCAACAGCAGGUUAAAUUACGAGAACUUUCACAAAUUAACCAAUCAGGUGGCCAGCAACAAUCACAACAGCAAGUGAAAAUUGUGAAGAGAACAGUUUUAUCCUCUGGGGAAACACCAUCACAGACAAGCAGCACAGGUCGCCGUAUUGUGACCAGCACCAGCAGCGCCGGGGGACGAGGCGGCACCAUGCGCGUGGGUACUGGAAUCCGCAGGGUAGUGACAGCAGGACCAACCACCUCAACCAACCAGGAGCUACCCACUGUCCAACUGUGUGACCUUCCUUCUAAUCUCACUCUGUCAGACAUUAACCAAAUGGUGGCUGAUGCAGGGGUAGGGCAGCCCGUGAGUGUUGACUAUAUUCCAGGCUCUCGUGAGUGCAUGUUGAGGUUUCAAGUAGCAGAAGUCGCUGCUAAAUUCUCUCAAAAAAUUAAUCGGAGGAUGGUAAACAUGUCCUUCAUUAGAGCCAGUGCAAUUCUGUAAGUAUUACCAAGUUUGUGUGCAUUUCUGCCAGAACUUCAUUAAUUAGCUUUUUGUAGGUCUAUUCUUUUACUUCCCUGGGAAUGAUUGAAUGGGGUUCAUUAACAAUUUCAUUCUUAAUAGGGUACUAAGGAUAAGUCGUAUUCUUUCACACAGGAUCAUAGAUGAGGGAAAUAUAUAUUUGCCAUUGUCACAUUCUUGCUGUUGUCACUGCUCUUCAUGUUCAUCCUACAUUUGGGUCUGGGUGUGUGUGUUUGUGUUUGAAGUGUGAAGUGUGUCAUGUCAGAUUGAUGUGUUAUGUGAAAACUAGGCUAAGCUUUAAGAGGAUUUGUAUUUUAUGAUGUUACAAAGCGAGUUUUCAUUUAAUUUAGUUUUCAACAUUGAAAAAUUACAUUUAUGGUUAAUAUUUUCAACAUUGAGAAUAUAGUUUAAGGCAUUGUGGGAGUCAUGUCCCCUAAAGAUUCAGAAUUUACAUUUGUAGUGAAUUUUUCAACAUGAGAAUUUAGUUUAAGCAAUUACAGGAAUUAGGAAUCACACCAUAAGUUAGGCACAGAGUGAUGUUAAUUUUAGACAGUAUCAGUAAUGCACAUGCACAUGGCGCUAUUUAUGGUUAGUAAUCUGAAGGUGUAAGAUCUGGCCUGUUUUUGUAUUUUUUUGUUACUGGUACUCAGCAAUUGCCUUACAAAGUCUGAAAUCACGUCAACACCCCGGACUCUGCCCCACCUCUGCAAUGGAUCAACACUGCCACUGUCACCAUCUCCACCUCCACCUCCACCAGAAAAUUUGAAAUGGAUUAAUUUCUAGCACAAAAGAAUACAACUGUAUACUAUACAGUGUGUUGUAUUGUUGACUUGUGUGUUACCUGAAUGUGUAAUGAGUUAGCCAUGGUGUUUAUACCACACACAGUGUUACUGGAUCCUGUCCUGUCCACAAAGCUUUAUGAAAUUAUUGCAGUUAUUGUGGCAAUGAUUUGUUAUGAACUUAACUUUUGAGGUUCAGGUUUCUCAGAAGAGAAUCUGAAAGGAAUCUGAAUGAAAACUGCCUCCCAUGAGUUUUGUUCAUAACAUUUCCAGUCUUGUGUGUACAUUGUACUGAAAGUGCCACAUCCUUGCUGGUGAGGAGUGGCUUGUACCAGGCUGUUGGUGAUGGUAUAGCUUGUAUUGUUUUGCAAAUUAUAUACUGCACUGGACCAUCAAGAACUUAUGUAAUUUGCAAAUCAAUAAGCUAUAGAUCAUGCCAGACUGAGUACACAUUUUCUCUGAAAACUGUCUGUAAAAUAGUGAGAGAAGGAAGAUAUUAUGUUUAUUUUUAUGAAUAACCAUGAAACUGAUUCUUGUUUGACAGCUUACUAGCUGUAUAAAGUAAUUUGUUGCUGCUGUGUUACCCUAAUGCUGAAGUGUAUGAGGGUCAUAGACAUUCAGGCUGUCCGACUAUUCAUGCCAUGUUUUGUCACAUUUUAUAUUUUGCUGUGCAUAUGUUUGCUUAUCUUAUGUUUAUGAUUAGUUUCAUAAUUGAUCAGUAAUAAUCUUUAAAAAAAUGUGUGAUUUGUAGUAGCAGGCAGUCAAUAUCUGAAGUCUUUAUAUUAUGAUGAUCUUUAUCAUAGAUUGUUAGAUGAUGCUGAUACACUGUUGCUGCAGAAAACAAUACUCUGGACAAACUUUAGAUAUUAAAGUAAUUUGAUGCAUUAGCAUCUAUUAAAGUAAAGAAUAUAUAUUUGUGUAAUGAUCUGUUUAAUCUGUCAACAUUGUCAUGACAGAGUCAGGAGUAUCAAAUUGAUAACUAAUGGAUAUUUAUGUAGACCUGUUGGUGUGCCAUUAAAAACACACUUGCA